GCCCCUUCCUCCGCGGCCCCAGUGCAGCCGCUGCCGCCGCCGCCCGCUUUCCGCCGCGUCCCCGCUGGAGCCGCCCCGGUCCGUCCCGUUCCCCCCUCACCCCGCCCCGAUCCCUUCCAUCCCCUGCGAGCAGCGGCCGGGCCCAGCGGGGAGAUGAACACGGUGCUGUCCCGGGCCAACUCCCUCUUCGCCUUCUGCCUGAGCGUGAUGGCGGCCCUCACCUUCGGCUGCUUCAUCACCACCGCCUUCAAGGAGCGGAGCGUGCCCGUCCGCAUCGCCGUCUCUCGGGUCACGCUAAAAAAUGUAGAAGACUUCACUGGACCUAGAGAAAGAAGUGACCUGGGAUUCGUCACGUUUGACAUCACUGCAGAUCUGCAGAGUAUAUUUGACUGGAACGUUAAACAAUUGUUUCUAUAUUUGUCUGCAGAAUAUUCAACGAAAAACAAUGCUCUAAACCAGGUGGUGCUUUGGGACAAGAUCAUGUUGAGAGGAGAUAACCCUCGGCUGCUCUUAAAAGACAUGAAGUCAAAGUACUUCUUCUUUGAUGAUGGAAACGGUCUCAAGGGAAACAGGAACGUGACUCUGACUCUCUCCUGGAAUGUUGUACCAAAUGCUGGGAUUCUACCUCUUGUAACAGGAUCAGGACAUGUGUCUGUACCUUUCCCAGAUACCUACGAAACAACAAAAAGUUAUUAAAUUAUAAUGCUGAACCCUAAGCAAGAUAUUUUUAUACUUGUAUAUUGUGAAUAAAUUUUAUUGCGGUUUCUUCUCACGUCCCAUGCAACCCUUCAGAGAAAGGUACUUGAUUUCCUCAGGUCUAAAGGCAUAGGAAAAGGAAAUGAAAGUUCAGGGUUUGUUUUUGGUUUUGCUUUUUUUGUUUUGUUUUAAAAUACAAUGUUGAAGCUGAAACUUAAGGGAAAGGUAAAUUGCAGAGUAACGGUUUUGGGGGGGGGGAACUGAGGAAUUUUAUUUUUUUCUUUUGUUCUCCUGGCCAUCUGGGUAUAGAUCUCCAUUUCUUUUAAAUAAACAUUUUUAAACCAGAA